GGCAGACAAACUAGUUUACUGAGGAAACUUUAUAAUGUGAAAAAAGUGACAGAAUGUCAAACUGUUAUUUCCACAUCUUGAUCGAAAGUGAUAGUGAGCUGGAGAAGAAGCAGAUUACAACAGUACACAAACACUUUCAAAGUAAGAAAUCUGGUGGUGGAGAAUGCACCGUAACACAGCUUUCUCGUUUUCUGCUGAGGUUAUCUUUUGCCAAGCAGGAAGCUCAGGCAAGAGUGUUGAGUACCAGCCACCAUAAAAUUAAUGAUGAACUAACAGUGAGGGUUCGUUGCUAUGAGAGCUCAUCUGAAGAACCUUCCAAUGUGCUUUUGGAGACACAUGUCAGCUCAUCUGCAAGUCAAGGCCUACUUGCUGAUGUCUAUUCAAGUCUCCAAGAAACAAGGACAGCUGGAAAGCACAGACCAGGAAGUUUCACAAGACCAGAGAAUGUCUUAACUUUACAGUCUCAAAAGUCAUUCACAGAGGAAAACAGCUGGCCAUCAAUCAAACAAAGCCAAUAUGAAACAUUUUCCUUCAGGACAGAUCCAUACCUCAUAAAGUACCUGACUGAAAAUAAAGAUGCCAACUCUGAUGUUCGCAAUAUUCUAGCACUGAACAGUGGAGUCUUUUCAGUAUCAGAAGAUGAAGAACUGGUUCAAAUUAACUUCUCUGGGCCUGGUAGAUUAGAUGAAGUGAUGUUCAAUGAAUGGAAAAGAAAAUUAGAAGGUUCAUGGAAGACAGUGGAAAGCAAGUACAUCUGCUACCAUGAAAUUAAUGUAGUUAAAUGCCAACUUCUAAUGAAAAUGUCAAAAGUGAUUAAUCCUUCUGUAAGUAUAUAUAGUGAAGGAUACUGUCCAGUCAAGGUGAUAGUUGGUCCAUUAGAAGGGGUUGAGGAAAUCAAUGUAAUGCUUGAAUCCUUGGUGUUACAAGAAAAACAGAACAAUGCAGUUCAAAGUAAACUAAUGUUAGAAAGCCAUUUACACUAUUUAAUCAUUCAAGAUGUCAUUGAAAAAGAAAUAAAGCAGGGCUCUGAGCACAUUACUUUAUCAUUAGACAAAGACCAGUCUUUUUUGCUAUUGAAUGGAUCUCCAGAACAAGUGCAAGAAGCAAGGGUCAAAGUUCAGAAUUACUUAAAGACAGUCCUUGAACAUCAUGUGGCACUUUCGACCUAUAAAAUCAAGUUUCUGAAGUUACUUUCAUGUGAUGACUUGGAUAACAGAAUUUUGCAUUUAUUUGAUAGAAAAGUUUUUGUAAUGAUCAGAGAUGAUGUAAAACUACUGAGUUUAUCAUAUAAACUACUUCAAGAAGCAGAAAAACGUAUUCUUGAUGUUAUUCAAGAAGAAGUUAUUUUCGUCGAUGACAAGCAUGUCUUGGCAUCUGCAGAAUGGAGAUCUUUCUUAUUCACAUUGGAAAAUCGACUGAAUCAUUGUUCAUUACAAGUUAAGAUGUUCAAACUUGAAGAAAAGGAUGGCACACAACUCUUUAUUGUUGGAUUUAAUCAGGAAGUGAAGUUAGCACUGCAUAAAAUUUCAGACUACCUGCAAGAGAGGUCUAUAGUUGAGACUAGUUUGGAGUUAGAGAAUCAGGACAUUGUUGAUGCUUUUCAGCAUCUUCUAGAGCUUUAUAACUUGGAGAUAAAAAAUGUUCGGAUAGAAAAAAAAUCAGAUUCAAGUAGAACACUCAUACUGAAAGGAAAUAAAAUGGCUGUUAUUGCAGCAGAGCAAAAAAUCAAACAAAUGUUAAAAACUAUGAAAUGGGAAGUUCAUACUCUACAUCUUCCUGGAGCAUUACGAUUUUUUGAGGGAAGUGACAAUACAUAUCUUGACAUCAUCAGCAAAGCUACUGGGAGCAUUAUAUAUCUAAAACAGUCACAUUCUCUGUGCUCCAAAUCCAUGAAUACAAAUGCAACAGGAGCAUUAACACCUAGCAGUCAGCAAGGUCCCACAACUCUGGCCACAUUCAUACUGCCAGGAGGGUUUAUGGUGUCUGUCUGUAUAGGUGACAUCACAAAACAAAGGGUUGAUGUCAUAGUCAAUGCUGCCAAUGAAGAACUAAAACAUGACGGUGGCGUGGCAAAAGCUAUUGCUGAGGCAGGAGGAGCAACAGUCAGAAAUGAGAGCAAGGACUGGAUCCUAAGUAAAGGAAAAUUACUGCCUGGACAAGUUGCUAUGACAUCAGCUGGAAAUCUUCCAUGUGAGAAGAUUAUACAUGUAGUUGGCCCUAAAUGGAAAACAGGAAACACCGAACCAGAGCAAUCUAAACAAGUACUAAUAAAUGCAAUUUUGUUGGCUUUAACUAAGGCGGAUAAUGAAAAUUUGCAGUCUAUUGCUAUUCCAUGUGUAGGCUCUGGAAUUUUUGAAGUUCCAAUGAAAAUAUGCGCUGAAUGCAUUGCUUGUGCAGUUGGAGCAUUUGUGGAAUCCUAUGCAGAGAAACAUUCUGUAAAACAUAUUGUUCUCAUUGACAAUAUAUGGCAAAAAGUAGCAGAGCUGAUACAGGCGUGUAAAAAAAAAUGGGAUUCUAUUGCAGAUGGUUCCCUUUCAGUGGAUGACAUCGACACCCACCAGAUGAAGUGCAGUAUGGGACAAAAUCAGAUAGAGAAAAUUAUUGUCUGUGGAAAUAUUGAGGAUCAGAAGGCAAACGUCUUGGUUGCACCUAUGGAAAAAGACCUGUCUUGGGAACGCUCUGCAAUUGGUAAGAGCUUGAAUUCCAAGUCUUCGGGGCUAUUAAGGAAUCGUAUCACAAGAUAUAUUAACUCAAGUGCUACAGACAUAGUGAAAGUACCCACUGAAGAUAUUCCUGGACUUGAAUUCAGUUACAUCUACUUCAUUAUACUGAAUGAAUGGGAUACAAGAAACUUCAUUACAGAGCUGACGCUUCAAAAAGGAAUUCAGAAAUGUCUAACAUCAUGUCAUGAAUCAAGGAGGAGUUCCAUUGUUUUUCCAGUUAUCGGCGCAGGGAAGCUCUUCAGAUUUCCUGAACGAGUAGUAGCCCAAGCUCUGAUAGAGGAAAUUACAAAGUUCAAAGAGCAACACCCCCUGUCCACUCUGAAAGACAUCAAAAUAGUGAUUCACUCUUCUGACAACACUGCCCCUGCAGAAUUUCACAAAGCAAUAAUGAGGCUGCAGGAAUGUGGCAUAAGUAAAACUUUACCUAAGGAGAAGGGUGCCUUCUACCACUCAUUGACUUCCCUGCCGGAUACCGUGAGCAUGAAUGUCGGUAAUGUGACUGUGCAGAUACAUUGUGGAAAUAUCGUCCAGGAAAAAACUGAGGUCAUUGUAAACUCAGUUAAUUUCUCAGCUCUCAACACUAGUGUGGGUGUGGCAGGCGCAAUAUUUGCUGCAGUCGGUAAUACUGUCAUGGAAAAAUUGAAACAAGGUCAGAUUCCACAAAGUGGUGUUGUAUGUACUGAGUCUGGAAACCUGUCAUGUAAACGUAUCAUGCAUGUGAACUUUGGAAAUAAUCUUGAUUACAUUAAAAAGAUGGUUACAAGUGUCAUCAAAGAAUGCGACAAUGGGUCAUUUACAUCUGUAUCAUUUCCUGCAUUUGGUACAGGUCAAGGAGGAAUGAAUAGUUCGCAAGUAGCUACUGCAAUGUUUGAUGCUAUUGCUUCAGCUGUGAAAAGUAACUCUCUAACUUACCUAGCUACAAUCCGAAUAGUAAUUCUUGAGAGAGCAGUAUACCAAAUCUUCAAAGACAUGUUUCAGAACCGAUAUGGGAUGAAUGCUCCCAAAAACAAAUGGAGCAUUUUUCCAGGUAUAUCAUCUAUAAGCACCAGCAAACAUGCCAGUGCUCCUGUGAUCCUAGAGAGUCCAGAAUCUUUUAAUCCAGCUGUAUUUAACAUCAUGGGAGGGCCAGACAGUGAUGUAGAGAAGGCAAAAACAAAACUUGAAACCAUCUUCCAAGAACAUUACAAUGAGGAAAUCAUAACAGACUCAAAAAUUUCUACCCUGAAACCUAGACAGGAUGAAGAAAUACUUGCACUGGGAACAAAGUAUGGUGUUCGGAUCACCAUUGAGAAGGGUUUCAUUGCUCGUAUCAGAAUGCAAGGGGUGUUGAAGGAUGUCCUGCAAGUUGUAAAAGAAGUGCACGUUAUAUUACAUACCAAACAGCAAAAAGAUCAAGAAGAGAGGAUGACGUCAACUGUUGUUCAGUGGUAUUAUGCUGAGCAAGGACAAUAUAUCCAGUUUAAACCUGAAGUAAAUCAUGAAAUUGAAACAAAAUAUGAGGUCUACCAAACCAAAAAAGACCACCAACUUGUACAUAUGACUUCAUCUGAAGGGCAACCUCUCUUACUUGAUUUUGACAAGAAAGAGGCUAUGAUAUUCGGCACCAAGCAAAAACUGAAACUCAAGAGAACAGAUAAGAAGAAAGGUGAGUUCCCCCCACAGUGGGAUGACAUGAAUGGUGUUUCACUGAUGGUUCAACAACUGGACCCAUACUCUACAGAAUAUAAUGAAGUUGCUUCCGAGUUCACAAAAACUGCCAAGGAAAGGAUUUUAAAAAUUGAACGGGUUCAGAAUUCUACAUUAUAUCAAGCCUACAUGGUGAAGCGGGAACAGAUUAUUGAAAAGAAUGGCUCACAUGACUUAAUGGAGAUGCGUCUAUUCCAUGGGACAACUAAGGAAGCCUGCAGUGGAAUAAACCUGCAUGGUUUUAACAGAAGCUUUUCAGGCCAGAAUGGUGUCUGCUAUGGUAAUGGGGUUUAUUUUGCUGCAAAUGCAUCCUACUCAGCUCAGCCUAAAUACUCCAAGUCUGACACCAGUGGACAGAGAUAUAUGUACUUAGCCCGAGUACUGGCUGGAAGGUAUACAGAAGGAAAGCAGGGAAUGAAAAUGCCACCUGCACGGUCAGAAUCGAAUCCAAAUGACCGCUAUGACAGCCUGGUGGACAAAAUUUACCAGCCAGUUAUGUAUAUUAUUUUCCAUGAUGACCAGGCUUACCCAGAGUACCUCAUAACUUUUCAGUGAAUUGAGCAGUAUCCUAUAAAUAUGAAAACAAGUGUAUUUCCUGUUGUGUCCUAUGAUACCUUUAACUCUCACAUAUGUAUCUAGUAUAAUGACGUAGAUUUAUUAUUGUGAACACAAUAGUGUCAUCUUACUUGUCCUCCAUAAUAAAACACUGCAGAAGUUUUAAAUACAGUACAAUAGCAGGAGAACCUGAGCAAAAUGUGUAAUCAUGUGCAAAAUGUUUGAAAUGGAUGCUUUAAGUGGCAAAGAAAUAGUCAUGAUAUAAAACCGAAAACCUUGUUCCUAGAAUAAAAAUGGCCACAUCAUGUUUCA